AUUUUUUGUAGAAAUAGAGUCACACUAUGUUGUCCAUCCUGCCUUGUACUCCUGGACUCAAGCAAUCCUCCCAUCUUAGGCUCCCAAAGUGCUUGGAUUACAGAUGUGAGCCACCACCCCUGGCUGUUGUUUUAAUCUCCUGA